ACAGUGUCCCACAGUGAACCCUGCAAGUCUGCCAGGAAGCCACCGGACUGGCAGAGCAGAGCUUUUCAUCUGCCGCUGCUUUUCCUUAAAUUAUCCUUUAACACAGUUGUUAAUGUCAGAACGAUUUUAGCUGUUUGAAAUUUCUUUAUUAAUUGUGUUUUACCUUGUACCUUGAAAUGGAAGCGGUAGAGCAUUGAGCAUUCGGUGAUGAUGGACCAUAAAACAGAAGUCGAGACGAAAAUUUGGGCAGAGGAGCGAGUGAGGAGGGUUUCUUCAGACCAACGCUGUGAGAUUUUGGAGCUGAGUGGAGGGGGAAAUGUCAGGGAGCUGUGCAAAGAGAAAAGGAUGAUCAAGAAGAAAACCAACUCGCCCAGGUUGUCUGCGGAAAUCCCCGUGAUAGGACACGUUGAUACUGCAGAAUUCAUGAAUGCAGCCACUCAAGGCAAACUGAAUGUGAUAGACAAGUAUCUGGCAGACGGUGGGGAUCCUAAUAUCCACGAUGAGUUGAAGAGGACUGGGCUGCAUCGUGCCGCUCUGGAAGGACACGCCGCAGUCGUCAACAGUCUUUUAGAAGGAGGAGCUGACAUCAACUUCAAAGAUCAGCUGGGCUCUGGGGCCAUACACUGGGCCUGCAGAGGGGGGAGCCUGGAAGUUGUGGAAAUCCUGAAGAGUCACGGUGCCAACCUGAACAUGGGAGAUAAGCUGAACAGCACUCCUCUGCAUGUGGCCACGAGAACAGGCCAGAGCACCAUUGUGGAGUACCUGCUGUCCUGUGGUGCCAAAAUCCACUGCAGGGACAGGGAAGGAGACACAGCCCUGCAUGAUGCUGUACGUCUCAACAGAUACACGAUAGUGAAACUGCUCCUGGAUGCAGGAGCUGACGGCAGAAUAAAGAAUCUUGAGGGAGUGACGGCCAUGCAGCAGGUCAAACAGUGGCAGUCCGACAUCAUGGAGACGCUGCAGAGGCUGGAGAUGAUGAAGGAGGUGGGACAGAGGCCCCCUGAUACGCCUCAAGAGAGGAGGGAAUAAUGCAGAGUGAAAGAUGAAAAUCUACUCAUCCAGUAUAAUGUCGCUUAUCUGUCAAAAUACAUUCUAUCAAUCCACUGCA